AACGGAAGGCCAGAAGUGGAGCCAAAGAUUUACACACAUCAGUCUAGACACUAACAAGAUUGUCUUGUCAUUGCAGCGUUGCUAACCACAGUAAACUCACAAGCUGCUCCAAUAAAACAUGUCACCAUCGCGUUUCUCCUCUCACCUGCUGAGACCCACAGGUGUCAGGAGCGCAUGCUGAGCCUGAACCGUUACCUGUUUACUGUUGCCUUGGCAACUCGUGGAAAGCCGCUAACAUUUCCGUCUUUAUCUAUUUGCGAUAUGGAAGCAGAGCCGGUGUACGUCACGGCGUGUACAUCCGCGCCCCCUUCACGGCUCUUGCCCAGGCAAAUACCCGCCCUAUAUUCAAAAAUACACCGAACUCUAAACCUCACCUCGGACACAAACUCAGAGGUUAAGAGUGGCUCAGAUACAGUGUUGGAAAAGUUCUGCUUCGUCUCAUUUAAAAUGUGUGGAAGAACAGCAUGCACCCUUGCUCCUGACGAGCUGAAACGAGCCUGCUCUUACAGAAACCGAAGGGGGCAGAGGAGACAGCCCCGCUGGAGGGAUGGAGACGCGGACAACUAUCGACCCUCCUACAAUAAGAACCCGCAGUCCAUGAGUCCCGUCCUGCUGUCACAGAGGCAUUUUGACAAGGAUGCUCCUGUGGAUAAGUGUGUGUUGGCCUCAAUGCGGUGGGGUCUGGUACCCUCAUGGUUUAAGGAGAGUGACCCCAGCAAGAUGCAAUACAGUACCAGCAAUUGCCGCAGUGAGAAUAUAUUGCAGAAGAAGUCCUACAAGGACCCUAUGUUGAAAGGACAGCGCUGUGUCAUUCUAGCUGAUGGUUUCUAUGAGUGGCAAAAGGUUGAAAAAGGCAAGCAGCCUUUCUUCAUCUACUUCCCUCAGACUCAGUCAGGACCCAGCCAGGAGAAAAGAAAGAACUCAGACUCUGAGUCAGUGCGCCCUCCAGCCAAAGCCUCCUCUGGUUUGAUGAAGGGAGGAGAAGCUGCAGGUGAGUGGACAGGAUGGAGGUUGCUAACUAUGGCAGGAGUGUUUGACUGCUGGACACCACCUGGAGGUGGAGAACCCCUUUACUCAUAUAGUGUAAUAACUGUGAAUGCUUCCCAAAAUCUGCAAAGCAUCCAUGAUAGGAUGCCAGCGAUCCUUGAUGGGGAGGAAGAGGUUAGGCAAUGGCUGGAUUUUGGGGAGGUGAAGUCUCUAGAAGCUCUCAAACUGCUCCAGUCAAAAAAUAUUUUGACUUUUCACCCCGUCUCUUCGUUUGUCAACAACACGCGCAACAACUCUCCAGAAUGCCUCCAACCAGUGGAUCUCAACAGCAAAAAGGAACCCAAGUCCACAGCAAGCAGUAAGAUGAUGGCAAGCUGGCUGUCGAGCAGUUCACCUUCAAAGAGGAAGGAGUCCCACACAAGUGAAAGCAAAGAAGAGCAAGAAAGCAAGCCACUGAAUCAGCGCAAGUCUGCAGGAGGACUUCAGCAGUGGCUUCAGGGAACCAACAAGAAACCAAGAACAAAGUAAAUACAUGAACUGAAAACUCAA